GAUGUUUACGAUGCGCCCUGUUAUUCUCUGGGUUUGACCUGCUCAUCACACAGCGCAGAAAUAUAAUGGAUGAUUCGCUCGAUUCAUCAGCACUCGAAGGAUCCGCAGCAGCUUUCCGAUUAUUCGAAGCCUAUCGUGAGGGAAACCUUGACUGUGACGUAAUCAGCACACAGAAGCCAACGAAUAAACAGCACAAGAAAACACUUUCACGGGAAUCACCACCUACUAAUGCAGCCCGAGAUGAAUCGAACCCAGUAUUACCUCGCUCGUGGUGUCUUCCGUCGUCAGCCUCCAAAGAGAGUUCGAUGCAAGGGAACUCCUUCGGCAAGCUUUGCGGUUCUAACAACUAUCUAAGUACGCCUGCCCAGGUGACCGAGACGGAUACCGUAUCACGAGCUCCAUACGUCGCAGAACCCAAACAUGGUGACAGUCCUCACAAAAUGAAUCGUGGGAACGCGAUUCUGGUCAAUCAGCGACAGCGUGGAAAUCCGAUUCUCAAACACAUACACAACGUUGCCUGGGAGUAUGCAGUUAUUGAACCGGACUACGUUGUUGGACGAAAUCACUGUGCAUAUUUUCUCAGCCUCCGAUAUCACAACUUGAACCCAGAAUAUAUUUUCAAACGUGUUAGACAGACGAAACAAAACUAUCAACUGUCUGUACUGUUGUGCCAAAUAGAUGUGACUGAUCCACAUUAUCCGCUGAAAGAACUGUGCAAGUUUUGUCUUUCGGAAAAACUAACCCUCAUGUUGGCUUGGAAUGCUGAAGAGGCAGCCCGUUACCUGGAAGCCUACAAAGCCUUGGAGAACAAGCCUCCGGAUGGUCUGAUGCAUGAACCUGCGAAUGAAACAGAUCGCCUGGCUCAGAUCACAGACUUUCUCACGGCUGCUCGACCUGUCACCAAGGCCGAUGCUAUCUCAGCUGUGAAUAAAUUCGAGACAGUCGCUGAUAUGAUACUCGCAGAUGAAAAUGAACUUGUAUCUUGCCCCGGAUUCGGUCCAAGAAAGGCUCAGAAGUUGUACAGUGUGUUUCGGAUGCCUUUCAAGCGAGAGCUAAGAUAAUUGUCGGAGAACAAAAAGCAUUUUCACAUUGUAUUACCUUCCCUUUUCCUCCCCACCGGGCUUGGUUCCUUCAGCUGUUUUAUCUCGAAAACAUGCGAUCAUCCAUUGAUAGCCUCUAUUGUUACAUGUAACCAAGUACUUUAUAUACAGGCGCUGUCUGAUUG